CAAAGCAGCAGCAAUUCAUCGAAUUAUCCGGAGAAUCUGGCCAUCAAAAUCCUUCGCCAAUCAAUCAAUCGCCACCAUUAGUCCAAGGAAAUCAGCACCGUUCAUUCUUCGUCAAUUCUUCACUCUCUGCCCCCGCCUCAAAAUCGCCGGUCUUUGCUUUCCCAAACUCCUUCCCGACAGACAGAGGGGACAUGGAUUCAGAUCAAGGAAAGCUUUUUAUCGGUGGGAUAUCAUGGGAGACGGACGAGGAUAAGUUGAAGGAUUACUUCCAGCAUUACGGCGAGGUGAUCCAGACUGUAGUGAUGAGAGACAAGGUUUCCGGCAAGCCCAGAGGCUUUGGCUUUGUCGUCUUUGCAGAUCCCACUGUUCUUGACAACGUUCUCCAGGAUAGGCACACCAUUGACGGCCGUACGGUUGAGGCGAAACGGGCGUUAUCAAGAGAGGAACAACAGAGCUCAAAAGCUGGGAAUGUUAAUAGCGGCGGUGUUUCUGGUGGUGGUGGUGGUAGCAAUAAUAAGACCAAGAAAAUAUUUGUCGGGGGGUUGCCUCCUACCCUCACUGAGGAUGAGUUCCGCCAGUAUUUUGAAACUUAUGGUAAUGUGACAGAUGUAGUUAUUAUGUAUGAUCAGCAGACGAACCGACCUCGAGGGUUUGGUUUUAUUUCGUUCGAUUCUGAAGAUGCAGUGGACAGGGUUUUGCACAAGACCUUUCAUGAUCUAAACGACAAGCAAGUAGAGGUAAAACGUGCUUUUCCCAAAGAUGCGAACCCUAACGCUAGUGGCCGCCAGGGGUAUGGUGGUUCUGGUAACAGCCCUUAUGGUAAUAAAAUGGAUUCCAACAGGUACAUGGCAUCGCAAAACACUGGAGGAGGGUAUCCCUCCUACGGUACACCUGGUUAUGGAUAUCCACCUACCGGUGGCAUGGGUUAUGGUGGUUAUGGAAGCUAUGGCGGUGCCAAUCCUGGUUAUGGGAGUGCAAAUACUGGGUAUGGAGGCCUUUCCAGUUCUCCGUAUGGAAAUCCUAAUGCUCCCAAUAGUGGUGGCUAUGGAAGUGGCCCAAGAAGCUCGUGGAGCUCUCAGAGUCCCUCUGGGUAUGGGAAUGUCGGCUAUGGAAGUGCCCCCUGGGGUAAUUCCAAUGCCGCUUCUGGUGGCGGAGCUGCUGCGGGGGGUCAAUCACUGACGGGAGUGGCGGGAUAUGGCAACCAAGGCUAUGGUUAUAGUGGGUUUGGUGGAAAUGACGGGGCUUAUGGAAAUUCGUCUGCUUAUGGGUCUAUCGGACGUGUUGGUGGUGCUCCAAGAACAAGUUCACCGAUUGGCGGUGGUGGUGCUACAGGAGAGUUACAAUAUGGCAAUGCGGGUGGAAAUUCUGGAUAUGGAAGUGCAGGCUGGAGACCCGAUAUACCACAAGCUUCUGGCAAUUAUGGCUCGAAUGGAUCCCAUGGCGGCCAGGUUGGGUAUGGAAGCGGCUAUAGUGGUAUCCCAGGGCGGCAAUCUCAACAGCAGUAAUCGCAAUGUGCGACUCAUUCUCGUCUUUGGAGUCUCUUCCCAGUUCCCGCCACUGAUUUUGCAGUUUCACGUGCUGGGAGGAUGAGGUUUUCAACGCAUCAUAUAUACCUGCUAAACGGGACUGGUUGGAUUGCUUGAAUCUAUAGUUUUCAGUACUUGUUUGCUAGUCUAAGUAAAACUAGUUUCAUCGAGGAAAAGUUUUCGUUUUGCUGCUCUUUAUAAUAUUUGCAGGAUUAGUUUCACUUUAUUGUGCUUAUAGCUAUUUUACUAGAUGAGCUUGUUGCAUUGUUUCUCAUUGUCUGCGAGAUAUAUGAGUCUACUUUAUGUCGAACUUCUAUCUGCUUGAUUCUGAUGAGUCUUUUGGUAAUGAAUUUACGCUUUAGCAGUA